AUGGCUACACCUAGUUUUCUCGCUCCUAACUUUCGGCAUAUGCCACCACCAUAUACUCAUACCCAGAUCUCGCGCGAUAUCCACAGAUACGCACCGGCGCCGAUAGGCUCCUCAUCUCCCCCCACGGUUCCCGUCUUCAUUCGGCGCCUGCCACUAGAGACCUCCAAGGAGUCACUGCGGUUCAUGCUGGUUUGGUCGCAAGAACUUGUUGAAGUCGAACUGCUUCCUGUGGAAAAAUCUACAGAUCAGGGCUAUCUUACAGCAUUGCUAAAAUUCCGAACAAUGGCAGGCGCCCAGGAUGCCAAAAGGCUGCUGGAUGGGUGCUCGAACACUUCCGGUGAAAAGAUGAUAGUCGAAAUUCUCGGCGACGACCCCCCUGUCACGCACCAACAGCCGGCAGAACCUGUUCACAACGGGGUCUUUCAACCACUGGAGAGCAUCUCCCCUCAAACAACCAAUGUUUACCCUGGACACGAGCUUCCUCAGACUGAGGCCAACUUGCAAAGGAUUUUCUCCUCACAAUCUCCCAUCGGCAAUCACCUGACGGAGCCUGGCAGGGUGACAGGGAAGAGCCUCAUCGCCAAUGAUUCUUUUGACGAUAAUUAUGAUACACCCAACCUUGUUGAUGAUGCACUUUCAUACGUCAAUGCACCGCGCAGGGCCACAGCCCCUACUGUCCCUAUCAAUGGGUUGACUGCUCUUUCACUCAACACCAACAUGCCACCUUCCGCUCCUUCAUCUCUACCUCAGUAUGGAAGCGGAUUGUCAGCACAGUCUGGGCCUAUGUCUCCCUCAGGCAAGGGUGCUUUUGGAUACCAGGCUCCAAACCAAUCACCAUUCGGACGCAUGAACUAUCCACACGCCAAUACAGCUGAUCAGAAUCCGCCCUGCAAUACUCUGUAUGUUGGUAACCUUCCCAUGGAUACGGCGGAAGAGGAGCUCAAGACUCUCUUCUCCAAGCAGCGGGGCUACAAGCGUCUUUGUUUUCGCACGAAAGGAAAUGGGCCUAUGUGCUUUGUCGAAUUCGAAGACAUUCCAUUCGCUUCGAAGGCAUUGACCGAACUCUACGGGAAACUUUUGUCCAACAGCAAUAAGGGUGGAAUUCGACUCAGCUUCUCGAAGAACCCCCUUGCUAACCGACCAGCUCCUGGACCACCUCCUGGUCUUCCCCAACCAAUGCUUGGAAACGGCCGAGGUCCCUUCCAUGGAGCCGCCCCGAUGAACCCCAGUCCCGCUGGCUCUUUUGGUGGUUUCACACCUCAAGCCUGGCCUGUUCCUGUGUUCAAUAACCAUGCUACGCCAUCGCCUCAUGGUGGCCAUGCUCCAUCAUCAGCCUUCGGUUCGGCUUACAUGCUGGGAAAUUAA